AUGAAAUAUUUAAAUACUUAUUUUAAAUAUCAUAAUUAAUUAUCAGAUUUUUUAAUAGAAAUUUAAACCUAAAAAAAUAAUAAAAAAAAAUAAUAUUUGAAAAUGAAGAAAUUACUAACAUUAUAUUUAUUAAUUGGUAUAUUUAAAAUCUAUCAAACAUAAUAAACUGAUAAUUAUUAAAGAGUUGAACAAAGUUGUUUACUUUUGACGCCAUAAAAACUUAAAUGCUUUCUACCUUCUAAUAGCAAAAAUUGCUGCUAAAACUGCAACGAUAUAUAAAUUAGCUGCUAAGGAGUAACCAGAUAUAAAUAAGUUUUUUAUUUAGCAAAAUUUAUUGAUUGUCCGUAAGGAGUCAUCGUUUGCUAAAUAGUAAAUCUCGAUGAAAUUUUAAAAAGUGAGUGGCUACAUAAUUUCUUUUAAAAUGAUUAAGAUAUCGAAAAGCUUUCAAAUUUAAUUCAAUUUUAAGCUCUUGAAUGUGAAGAAGAUUAUAUUCUACUAGGUGGAAUGUGCAUAGAAAGAUAAAAUUGUAUUAAAAUUAAAUUUUAUAAUGGUUUUCUUAGUUGCUAUGAAUGCCAAAAAGGAUACUAUUUAAAUGAUUAAGGGAAAUGUGUUAAAUGUACAAGCUUUAUGUAUUUAAAUUCUUUAAAAAGAGAAAUUGAUCAAACAAAUUAAUUAUGUAAUGAAUGUGAUCAAGAUAAUAAUUGUUUUUAGUGUAUCGAUGGAUACAAUCUUUUUUAUGAUAAGAACUUUUAAUAGAACGUUUGUGUUUAAUGCUAAAAUUAUUGCAAAUGCGAUUCUUUUCAGUCUUGCAUAGAGUGUACUUAUCCCUACUACUAUAAAAGAAAAUAUUUUAGCACCAAAAAUGAAGAAACUCCUGUUUAUGAAGCUUGUGAAUCAUGUUUAUCUUUUGUUGAAAAUCAUUUAGGUCCCAAUUUAAAAAUUAUAAUGUAAAAAUAAUCUUUGAAAAUAGAAGAUAUUAUUAAAAGUUGUGAAGGGUUAGAGUUAGAAAAAAUAGCUCUAAAAAAUUUGAUAUUUAAAGACAUAGUUGAUCAGAUAUUUAAUCUUAGAAUAUUCUUAAUUAAUGGUAUGUUUGAAACUUGCUCAGAAGGUUGUGCAAAAUGUCUACUCAAUGAAUAAAAGUAAAUAUUGUAGUGCUUAAUUUGUUAAAAUGGAUACUAUAAAGAUAUUAAAAAGGACAAUAUCUGUCUGAAUUGCUAAGAAAGAGACUCUGAGUCUUAACUCUGCCAUAUUAUAGAUAUGUAAUAUUAAAUGCCAUAAUUUUAAAGUACUUAAUGCAAAACCUACUUUAAUUAACCUUAUUUUGGCAAAUCAAAUUAAUUUUAUGGCUGUACAAUUCAACCAACAUGUAUGAUAGCUGACGGAUGGAAUCACGAAAAUAAAGUAAGCAAAGGUUCUUGUAAGAAAUGCUUACAGGGUUAUAAAAAAGUGAGAUUUGAUCCUAAUUAUAACUACUUCUAAUGCGUAAAAUAGAUAAAAAAUUAGAAAAACUCCUAACUUUUAGAUCAGUGCUAGCAAGGUUAUUUUUUAGAUGAUAUAACUAACAGUUGCAUACCCUGCUCAUAUAAUUGUCUUAAAUGUGACAUUAAAGGAUGCACCAAGUGUGAUAAAACUAGAGCAUAUUCAAACUUUCUAUCAAAUGGUUACUUAGAAUGUAUAGUUAUUCAAGAAAAAACUUCUGAUGUAAUAAAUUGCUUUUUGUUUAGUGAGGGACAGUUAGAGUAAUAAAUGUAAAGACCUUAAAGUGGGUAUUGCUAAUAAUGUAAAAGAGGAUAUUCACCUGUGUAUUAAGUUAUGCACAAUUUAAAAAUUAUUGUUGAAUGCUAACCAAUAAUAUAAAAUUGUUUAAUUUUUGAAAGCAAUAGUUUGCUUGAUGAAGAAAAUUUGUAAAAAAGGCAUGAGUUAGUUUGCAAUUUAUGUGAAUUUGGUUAUUUUAUAGAAAAUAAUAUUUGUAAACCAAUACCUAAGAACUGUGCUUUAUUUGAUACAUUUCUGAGAAAAUGUUAAAACUGUAAAUAUGGAUAUAAGUUAGAAUAAAAUGAAUGUAUACAGUGUACAAAUAUAACCUCGAUCAGCUAGAUUGGAUUCUUUAAAUGUCUAUCGACAAUAGAAGAAAUAGAAUUGUCUAAUAAUUGA